ACCGCAACGAGGUCCAUGAGUCGCGUCGAUGAUGGCCGCGAGGUAGACUACCAGAAGCGGCUGGAGGAGCUACGCCAGACGCGCGAGAUGGAGCGAGAGCAGGCCUUGGUCGAGAGCGAGGAGGCGGGCGAAGCGUACGUGGCGCCGCAGGACGAGCUCUUGGAAGAUGGCUUGGCCGUGCCCGCGCGGGUCUGGUCAGCGCUCUUCCCGCACCAGAAGGAGGGCAUCCAGUGGCUCUACCAAUUGCACAUGCAGAACGCCGGCGGGAUCCUGGGCGACGACAUGGGCCUCGGCAAGACGGUCCAGAUUGCCGCGUACCUCGCGUGCCUCCAGAAGAUGCAGCUCGUGCACUCGGUGCUGCUGGCGUGCCCAGCCUCGGUGCUCUGGCAGUGGGUCCGCGAACUCCACAAGUGGUGCCCCGAGUUGCGCGUCGUGCUGUUGCAUUCGUCGGGCGCCUCGAGUACGAGCUACGGCACGACGAUCAAGCACACGUUCGAGGCUGGCGGUGUGCUCCUCACGACGUACGAGAACCUGCGCGCGAACGCCGAGCACCUUCUCGGCAAGGAGUGGGACUAUGUCAUCCUCGACGAGGGCCACCGGAUUCGCAACCCGGACGCUGAAAUCACGCUCGUCUGCAAGCAACUCCGUACGGUCCACCGCAUCAUCCUGACCGGGUCGCCCAUCCAGAACCGCCUCAAAGAGCUCUGGAGUCUCUUUGAUUUCGUGUUUCCCGGCAAGCUCGGGACCUUCCCGACGUUUGAAGACGAGUUUGUGCUGCCGAUCCGCCACGGAGGGUACGCCAACGCGACCAAGAUGCAGAUCCUCAUGGCGUACAAGUGCGCGCUCGUGCUCCGGGACCUCAUUGCGCCCUACAUGCUGCGGCGACUGAAGAAGGACGUGCAGAUUGCCACGGCGCUGCCAUCGAAAAUGGAGCAAGUGAUCUUUUGCCCGCUCGCGCCGGCCCAAGCCCGCAUCUACCGCGCGUAUCUGGCGUCGCCCGAGGUGCGCUCAGUGCUCGCUCGGGACAUUCGGCCGUUCCGGGCGCUCACGAUCCUGCGGCAGAUCUGCAACCACCCAAGCUUGAUGACCGACCACGUUCUGAAUGACAUGGCGGAGGACGAUGAUGCGGAUGUGAUUGCGCAGUCGGGCAAGCUCACGGUGUUGCAGACAAUCCUCGAUGUGUGGUUCAAGCAGCGCCACCGCGUCCUCGUGUUUGCGCAGCACCGGCGGACGCUGGACCUGCUCUCGAAACUGAUGGGGACGCUCGGCUACCGCUACUGCCGGCUCGACGGCACGACGUCGGUCAAGGAGCGGCAGACGCUCAUUGACGCGUACAACGACCCGACCUCCGACCUCUUUUGCUUUCUCUUGACGACCAAGGCCGGCGGCAUUGGCGUCAACUUGACGGGCGCCGACCGCGUCAUCAUCUUUGAUCCGGACUGGAACCCAAGCACGGACAUGCAGGCGCGCGAGCGGGCGUGGCGCAUGGGCCAGACCAAGCAGGUGACGAUCUACCGGCUCAUCACGUCGGGCACGAUCGAAGAGAAGAUUUACCACCGCCAGCUCUUCAAGCAGUACCUCAUGAACAAGGUGCUGCGCGACCCGAAGCAGAAGCGGUGCUUCAACCACAACGCGCUCCGAGAUCUCUUUACACUCAGCGACGGCACUGAGCUCCACGUCGACGACGCCGGCAACCAGAUUGCGACCACCGGCACCGAAACCGGCGACUUGUAUCUGCACGGACACGUGGCGCCGCCGCCCAAGCUGGACGACGAGACUCCACCGGAGAAUGACGUGGCGCUCUUGCAGUCGUCGCUGGGCAGCGUGGCGCGCGUCGAGCGCCGUGUCGUCGAGACGGACGAGGUGGACGACGACGACGACGUGGACGCUGAGAUGGACGACGCCGAGCCCAAGGCCGACGACGGCGGCAAGGACAACGCGGAGCUGCUCCAAACCCUCUUUGACGGCGGCAGCAUCAAGGGCGUGUUUAGCCAGGACCGCAUCGAGAGCGACGGCGUGCACAACCAAGAGGCCGAUUUGAUCGAGAUCGAGUCGGCCAAAGUCGCCAAGUCGGCGCUGAGUACGCUGCGCCAGUCGUGCAGUGCGAUUCGGCAGCAGCGCGAAGAUCAGUUUGAAGUCACGUGGACGGGCAAGAGCGGGAGUGCGGGGAAGCGGCUCUUUGGGGCACCCGCGCGCGGCCUCAAGCGCAGUAGCCACGAGCACGCAGCGAUCCAGUCGAGCGCGAUGCUGCAAAAGAUCAAGAAGCGUCGGGAUGCCAUCGAUGGCACCAACAAGGUGCGGUCGGCGGUCGCGUCGGUCAAGUACCAGAGCAUUGACGAGCUCACCAAGCAGCUCCACACGUUUCUCGAGCGCCAAGAUGGCGUCAAGACGGACGUGAUCAUCGCCAAGUUUGCGCCGGCGGUCUCGCCCAAGGACAAGGACGUCUUCCGCAACCUGCUCCGGAGUAUGGCGACGUGCGAGGGCCGCGUGUGGCGACUCAAACCCGAGUUUCGCACUUCACACCACUAAGAUAGUACGAGGUAUAUAUAAGAAC